AUGGCUGCGCCCUGUGGCUCGGAGCGGCCCGCCAACUCGCCACUUAAAAUCCCGAAGAUGGAGGUGCUCUCCCCCGCCUCUCCUGGUGGCCUGAGCGACGGGAACCCUUCGCUCUCCGACCCUUCCACGCCUCGGGGCGCCUCCCCGCUCGGGCCGGGCAGUGCGGCGGGGUCGGGGGCAGCGGCGUCCGGGGGUCUCGGGCUGGGGCUGGGGGGCCGCAGCGCCGCCUCGUCCUGGGGAGCCCCCGCCGCCGCCUGCCGCGGCAUGUCGUGGACGCCGGCCGAGACCAACGCGCUCAUCGCGGUGUGGGGCAACGAGCGGCUGGUGGAGGCGCGGUACCAGCAGCUGGAGGGAGCCGGCACGGUAUUCGGCAGCAAGGCCCCCGGGCCGGCCAUGUACGAGCGCGUGUCCCGGGCCCUGGCCGAGCUGGGCUACGAGCGGACCCCGUCCCAGUGCCGGGAGCGCAUCAAGGAGCUGGAGUCAGAUGGCAGCACUAUGGAGGAGUAUUCACAGGAGGACUGGGGAAACCACAGUCAGGAUCUCCAUGGCUACCCAACAGAUCAGGAAUUGGAUGAAAUACCUGUCACAAAGAGAACAUUAAAAAUAAAACAAGAGUCUUCUGAAGAAGCACAGAAGAGAGACAUCAUGCAGAACAUUGUACAGAUUUUGGAAUCAGUACAGUUGAAAUGGGAACUGUUUCAGAGCUGGACAGACUUUUCAAGGCUUCAUCUUUCUAACAAACUGGCCAUUUUUGGGAUUGGUUAUAACACCCGUUGGAAAGAGGAUAUUCGUUACCAUUAUGCUGAGAUCAGCUCCCAGGUGCCCCUGGGCAAGCGACUCCGGGAGUACUUCAACUCCGAGAAGCCCGAGGGACGGAUUGUUAUGACCCGAGUGCAGAAAAUGAACUGGAAAAAUGUUUACUACAAAUUUUUAGAGAUCACCAUAAGUGAAGCGAGGUGCCUGGAGCUGCACAUGGAAAUUGACUGGAUACCCAUCGCCCACUCCAAACCCACUGGUGGGAACGUUGUUCAGUAUUUAUUGCCAGGAGGCAUUCCCAAAAGCCCGGGCCUUUAUGCCAUUGGCUAUGAAGAGUGUAUUGAGAGGCCCUCCUCACCCCACCUGGAGCAGAGUUCCCUGGACCCAGGAAAGGAGGGCAGGGUUGACUUGGAAACCCUUUCAGCACAAGCCUCCUUACAGGUAGAGAUAGAACCCACCCGGAUUACCUAUUGCUACCUCGGGAUCGCUGAGGUUAGGACUCUGCAGCAGUGCUUAUUUUUACAUUUCCAAGCAAAUACCAAAACCUUCAGCAAAGAUUGGGUUGGUAUUAAUGGGUUUUUGUCUCAGAACUGCAUUGUGGAUCCUGGAGUGUCCCCCAAAUCCAUCUACAUCAAGUUUGUGGAAGUAGAGAGAGAUUUUCUUUCCGCUGGCUCCUUAGUUGAGUGCCUGGAAAAAGCCGUCGGGUACCCCUUGAAAUUCAACAACUGAAUGUCAUCCUUCACAAGGGUGUGGGCUCUCACCUCCCUGCUCUUUCCCACGGCUCAGACUGUCCCUCAUCCAGGUGCUGCCUCAGACUCCGUGGAAACUCGGCGCGAUCGGGCCAGCACAGCUUCUAUGGAACCACCGUAGACUCUGAGCAAACAGAACAGACCUCACCUG